AUGAAUCCUGCUAGUGGUCGCAUUCAAGUUUCCGUCUUGAAUGAGUCUCCUGGGUUUCUCCAGAGUUCUUGGCUGAAAGACGUCCUUGAACAGAAGCUUAAUCUUUGGUAUUCUUGUGAUGCAAAAGUUAAUAUUCCUUCCCUCUCACUAAUUGAUUGCCGUUUAUAUCAAUUGCAAUACGAACGCUUGAAAAAUACCUAUGGACCUACUCUAGUUAAGAACUGGUCGGAGAAAACAGACCCAAUGAAAUUCGUGUAUGAAGAUAUUGGCAUAGCUUGCUACCUUAUAUGUUUAUGGAAAAAUGAACAUGUUAAUUUCGUCGAUCUUGGUUGUGGAAACGGAUUGUUGACGUACAUACUUUCGUCGGAAGGAUCUUAUCCACUAAGUGUACAACAACGUUUAAAGGAAAUUUCGUUAAAUCCAGAAGAAGUUUGUGGGUUUCCACAAGCCAAUUGGCUAAUUGGGAAUCACAGUGAUGAACUUACACCUUGGUUGCCUAUACUGGCAUGUAAAAGUGGACCAUCAUGCAAGAUAUUUGUUUUACCAUGUUGUCCUUACAGUCUUUUUGGAAAAUUCAAUAUCCCGAAAAGUUCACUUUCAUUUUUACCUGACGACAUAAAUGUCAAACAGAUAACAGAAAAUAGUCGAUAUGGUACAUAUCUUAAUUAUAUACAACACAUUUUUGCCAUUUGCAGUUUUAUACCUGAAGUUGAUGCGCUCAGAAUACCAUCAACCAAACGUAUAUGUAUUGUUGGUCGAGAUAUAAUCGAUUCAAAGUGUUUUGGAAAUAAUGAGCACUCAAAUCGUUUGUCUGCUGUUAAUAAAUACAUUGAAUAUGAACGUGAUAUUACUUCAAAGCCUAACAAAACGUUUGUUGCACGUCCACCCACAGAGGUUCCCUGUAAUUGUACAAGAGUUUCGAAAUUUGUUCUUGACAAAAUAUCACAUACAGUUUUCAAAGCCUUAUUAAUCUGUAAACCAGAUAAAUAUCGUUUACAAUCCCAUAAUCUUAUGCUUUCUGAUAAUUUAAGAAUAAGAACUUUGGACAAUCGUUGGUGGAAUCCUGGUGGUACAUUAACUUUAUCAGAGUGCAGUGAACUUGUGUCACUAGAAGAUAUGAAAUUAUUAAAAUCUCAGCAUGGUGGUUUGCAAACUGUCUUGAGGAAUCACCAUCAGUGUUUUCGAACUAUCAAAAACACCGUUCAGUUACGUUGGUUACCAGAUAAGAUGGCGAAGCUUAAUGAUUCUGGAAUUCCGUUAUUCAAUAACAAAAAUGGGAAGAAUCGUAAAACAAAACUCUGCUGGAUGUCACUUAACCAUCCAGAUGGUUGUCCAUACACUUCUGAAUUGUGUGACUUUGCCCAUUGCGAAAAUGAAAUCCUUAUAAAAAUCGGUUCCAUGAAACAAUAA